UAGAGCCAAAUCCAAUAGUGCAAUUUUCUCCAAGUGACUACUAAACUCGCUAGCACAAAUGGCGAGGAUGGCUUUUGGCAGUUUUGGAGACUUUUUCAGUAUUGGGUCCAUCAAGGCCUAUCUAUCUGAGUUAAUUGCCACUCUUCUUUUUGUAUUUGCUGCUGUUAGCUCAGCUAUUGCUUACAGCAAGCUUACAACAGAUGUAGCUCUAGACCCACCAGGGCCGGUGGCUGUGGCUGUGGCGGUGACCCAUGCUUUUGCCAAAGCAGCCAACAUCUCAGGCGGACACUUAAAUCCAGCUGUCACCUUUGGGUUGGCUAUCGGAGGCAACAUCACCAUCCUAACUGGCAUUUUCUAUUGCAUUGCCCAGUGCCUUGGCUCCAUUUUAGCCUGCCUUCUCCUAUAUUUCGUCACUAAUGGCAAGAGCGUCCCAAGCCAUGGAGUUGCUUCAGGCAUGAAUGCUUUUGAAGGAGUAGUAAUGGAGAUUGUCAUAACUUUCGGACCAGUGUACACAAUUUAUGCCACAGCCGCUGAACCCGAUAAGGAUAAUUUGGGAAUUAUGGCUCCCCUCGCAAUUGGGUUCGUAUUUGGAGCAAAUAUCUUAGCUAUCGGCCCAUUUAGUGGUGGCUCGAUGAAUCCGGCUAGUUCGUUCGGCCCAGCUGUGGUCAGUGGAGACUUCUCAGAGACUGGGUUGGCCCAUUAAUUGGUGGAGGGCUUGCUGGGCAUGUAUAUGGU